AUGUUAACACUCAAUGCAAAAGAAAAGGAUGAUAGUAAAAUUACCUUCUCCAAUCAAAAAGUACUUCACGAUUGGAAUAAACAAAAAACUGUCAACCAAAAUCCAUAUGAGAAGGGUCAAGUUCCUUCCAUAACUACAACAGAGACGAAACAAUCUUUAAAGAGUGAAGUGAAGAGAGAAGUUAAAACUGGAGGUGUUGGUGAUUCUGAUAAAUAUUCUGAAUUGGAAAAAUUGGCCAGCUUGAGGGAUAAGGGUGUCAUUACUCAAAAAGAGUUUGAUUUGAAGAAGAAGCAACUUCUUGGCUUGUAA